AUGAGGCGUCGUUCUGGUCUUUCACCUGCGCCCAUCGAGUUUCUCCCCCGACGAUUUUAUCUUGUGGUGAUUCGAGAGCGAACGACCUGCUCCAUCCAUCGCAUAAAGGACACAAGUGACGCAGUAUCAAGCUCCGAGCAGCAUCUUUUUCCGAGAACACCAGGCAUUCGCUUUGUCUCACUUCGAGAGCAGCUUUUUCCUAGCUCUCCAAGUAGCGAAUAUGCACUCGGAAUCCCACAGACACAUCGCUUUAAUUCGUUUCUCACCAAUAUUUUGAAUGCAACAGUGAAGGACAACAUAGCAGCAGGGGAUGGACACAAAAGUGCUCAUUAUUUUUUCUUACGAAGGCGACAUCUUCGAGAAGAAAUCCAAGUUGCUCACCUCAUUUGCAGAUGGCGGCUUUUGUAUCUUCGAAUGUCGCCACACGAAGCGUUGGCCCCUUUUAAGCAUCUCUCGUAUCUUUUUUCGUCGUUCUUGUCAUCGUCCGAGCUCUUUGAUCCACCAAGUCUGUUGGUAUCACUUUCAGGAAUUUCAAAAGGGUUGGAAAAAGAGUUCUUGGGCUCAGCGGAAGAUUGGGACGAAUAUGCCGAGCUUGAGAAAACCAUUUCAGCUUUAAAGCGUCGAAAAGUUUCCCUCGUGGUUACGUUAGGAAUAACACACAGCGAUGUCACUACUUUCACGGUACACGGAUUGGAAACACUGGAUAUUUCAUCUAUGGCCUCUUCUUCACCGACACUAUCCCACGGUGGUACACCGACGCAUUCAGUUCAAGUAUUGGUGGAUAGAUUCUUGGAAGCUUGCGAAGGUACAGAAGGUUUGAUCGCCGUCAAUGCCUCAAGUAGUUUAGGUUGCGUAUCAGCAGCUACUUGCAUCGGCUGCUAUCUCAUGAAGCACUCGGCUUUCACUUCUGAAGAAGCAGUCGGCUGGCUUCAAUUCGGUCUUCCCGGCAAAUUCCCACUUGCAUGGCAAUUAUUUCUUGGCAGAAUGCAGUCUCAAAUGUGGCUCGAAGGAGAGCGCUCUCGACGAGGUAAAGAAGGCGACCUCCUUGAUGGUAUCAGUGAUUCAACACACAUAAACAUCGGCAAAAUCAGUCUCGGUCGCUUAUCGCUACUAGGCACACGUGAUCGAGACAAACAUCGCUCCGACUCCUUCACCGCCAGUAUCCCUGUGGCCACAUGUCUCUCCAGUCGAAGCCAGGAAUUGCAGCAGUCCCCGACAGCAGCCACAGCCACCGCUCAGCUCAAACGUCGGCCACUGACACAAGGUAGCGUUGGUAGUCGACGGUAUCAUCGCAGUACUGACGGCACAAGUUUACGAGCGGACUUCGCGCUUAUGCACAAGUUCCUCCACCAAACACCAUCCAGCACCCAUUCGGAAAGCUCUUCACCUUCAAGUUUGCACCCCGUUCCAUCCCGUCCUAAAGCUUCUGCUCGUUCAUCCGACGGAACACCGGCAAACUGUACCGAAGCACUUGCAUGA